GAAUAGUACGUCAAGGAAAAUUACUCUCUUACGUCCUUAGAGUCCACUAUAUAUACUUACCCACCAAUCUCUUAAUUCCACGAACCAUAUCGCCACAUAUACAUAUCCUCAAACACAGAAAUGAAGGUCUAUACUUUGGUUCUCUUCUUUGCUUUCUUGCUUGGAGCCUCAGCAGAACAAUGUGGAAGUCAGGCCGGCGGAGCUUUAUGUGCGAAUGGGCUAUGUUGUAGCAAAUUUGGGUGGUGUGGCAGCACAACUGACUACUGUGGGACUGAUUGCCAGAGCCAAUGUAACCCUGGCGGAAGUCCUGCACCCCCCAACCCGACCCCAUCCCCCACUCCGAGUGGGGGCGAUGUCGGCAGCGUCAUCAGCGCCGCUCUUUUCGACCAACUUCUUAAAUAUCGGAACGAUGGGCGGUGUAAAAGUAACGGAUUCUACACAUACAAUGCUUUCAUCGCUGCUGCACAAUCUUUCGGUGGCUUUGGCACAAGCGGUGACGAUAAUACACGUAAAAGGGAGAUUGCUGCUUUCUUGGCUCAAACCUCUCACGAGACCACAGGAGGAUGGGCAAGUGCACCAGAUGGCCCAUAUGCAUGGGGCUAUUGCUUUAUUACGGAAAACAACAAGGCAGACUAUUGUACGCCUUCCACCGAAUGGCCGUGCGCUGCCGGCAAACAAUAUUAUGGCCGGGGACCCCUUCAACUCACUCACAACUACAACUACGGGCAAGCGGGGAAAGCCAUUGGAGCUGAUCUUCUAAACAAUCCAGAUCUGGUAGCCACAGACGCAACCAUAUCAUUCAAGACAGCCAUAUGGUUUUGGAUGACCCCGCAGGGAAACAAGCCGUCCAGCCACGAUGUCAUCAUCGGAAAAUGGACACCGUCUGCUGCCGACACGGCAGCUGGUCGGGUUCCAGGCUAUGGUGUCAUCACCAACAUAAUCAACGGUGGGCUGGAAUGUGGGAAGGGUCCCGAUGAUAGAGUGGCCGAUAGGAUCGGGUUCUACAAAAGGUACUGUGACAUCUUGGGAGUAAGCUACGGGGACAACUUAGAUUGCAACAAUCAGAAGUCUUUUAUAAAAAUGAAGGUCUAUACCUUAAUUCUCUCCUUAGCUUUCUUGCUUGGAAUCUCAGCAGAACAAUGUGGAAGUCAGGCCGGUGGAGCUGCAUGUCCAAAUGGGCUAUGUUGUAGCAAAUUUGGGUGGUGUGGCAGCACAGCUGACUACUGUGAGACUGGCUGCCAAAGCCAAUGCAAAUCAGCUAGCGGAACCCCAUCCACCACUCCUAGCGCUGGCGAUGUUGGCAGCAUCAUCAGCGCCGCUCUUUUCGACCGACUGCUUAAAUAUCGGAACGAUGCACGAUGUAAGAGCAACGGAUUCUACACAUACAAUGCUUUCAUUGCUGCUACACGAUCUUUUGGUGGCUUUGGCACUAGUGGUGAUGUUAAUACACGUAAAAGGGAGAUUGCUGCUUUCUUGGCUCAAACCUCUCACGAGACCACAGGAGGAUGGUCAAGUGCACCAGAUGGCCCAUAUGCAUGGGGUUAUUGCUUCAUUACGGAAACCAACAAGGCAGCCUAUUGUACGCCAUCCAAAGAAUGGCCGUGCGCUGCCGGCAAACAAUAUUAUGGCCGGGGACCCCUUCAACUCACUCACAACUAUAACUACGGGCAAGCGGGGAAAGCCAUUGGAGCUAAUCUGCUAAACAAUCCGGACCUGGUAGCCACAGACGCAACCAUAUCAUUCAAAACAGCCAUAUGGUUUUGGAUGACCCCGCAGGGAAACAAGCCGUCCAGCCACGAUGUCAUCAUCGGAAAAUGGACACCGUCCGCUGCGGACAGGUCAGCUGGUCGGGUUUCGGGCUACGGUGUCAUCACCAACAUAAUCAACGGUGGGCUGGAAUGUGGGAAGGGUGCUGACAGUAGAGUAGCUGAUAGGAUCGGGUUCUACAAAAGGUACUGUGACAUCUUGGGAGUAAGCUACGGGGACAACUUGGACUGCAACAAUCAGAAGCCUUUUGCCUAAGCUGCACUGCUAUGUUCCAAGGCAAAUAAAGGUUCAAACAAGUAUAAUAAGGAGUCAAUAAUAUAACCCUAUGUAAUUGGAGAUUUUCUUGUCCAUUGAGAAACUCUCUAGAUUACAGCUGAAUAAAGAAGUAAAAAGAGUUCCCAUAUUUA